CUUUAUUACUCAUUCAAAAUUUUUAUUUCUUCUGUAAGUUGUGGAAUUUCUAAAUUAUUUGCAAAAUGUCUCGACGGGAAAAAGUUGCACAUUAUCUUCAAGCUAUCCCUCAAGCAAGAAUGAUUAAUCGUUUGACGCGUGAACAAAUAGCUGAUUUUAAAAGGGCUUAUAUGAAAUAUGACAAGGAUCGUGAUGGAAAAAUUACAAUGAAGGAAUUGGGGGGCCUUUUGAAAUUCCUUGGUAAGCAACCCAAUGACUCCAAAUUGCGUCAAAUGUUCGAACAGACGGAUCUAGAUAGAAAUGGGACAAUUGACUUCAGUGAAUUCUUGAACUUGAUGUCACGACAAUUGAAAAAACCUGAUGGUAGCGAGAGUAAAGAACCAAAAAAAGACAAUCGCUUAACUCCAGAUCAGAUUGCAGAAUUCAAGGAAAUUUUUCACAUGUUCGACAAAGAUGGUGAUGGCCACAUUUCACCUAUUGAACUAGGAAUCGUAAUGCGAUCAGUUGGUAUUUACCGUAAUGAAGAUCAAUUGCGGAAAAUGAUUGAUGAAGUUGACAUAGAUGGGGAUGGAGUGGUGGACUUUACUGAGUUUUUGAUGCUAAUGGCACGCUUUUCAAAAGAAACAGGCAGCCCAAAAAGUAUUCUUAAAGCAAAGGCAGCAGCGGUUAAUACUUUUAUAGACUCUAUUCCAAAAACAAAACAAACUGAUCGUUUCACUAAAGAACAGAUUGGUAAAUAUAAGAAAGCAUUUAUGAAAUUUGAUAGAGAUCAUGACGGUAAUAUCUCUGCCAAGGAAUUGGAAACAAUAUUGAAUUUUUUAGGUUCACCCACAACUGGGGUCAAAUUAUUAGAAAUGUUUGAAGUAGCUGAUAUAGAUAACAAUGGAACAAUUGAUUUUAGUGAGUUUUUAAAUUUAAUGUCACAGCUAUUAAAGAAAGCACCUAAGACCACUCGAUUAACUCCAAAUCAAGUAGCUGAGUUUAGGGAAGCAUUUAAACAUUUUGACAAAAAUGGUGAUGGUAAAAUUGACCCUGAGGAACUGGAAAUAGUUAUGCGAUCACUCAACAUCAAAAAAACUAAAGCGCAGUUACAAGAUAUAUUCAAUGAGGUUGAUUUAGAUGGUAAUGGAACAAUUGACUUCAGCGAGUUUUUAAUUUUAAUGUCUCGGCAAAUAAAGGAGUCUUGGAAAUCAAAGACCGUUCCUGACAAAAAAACGGCUGGUGUUAAGCGUUUUGUUAAAAUCAUUACUGAAGCAAAAAAAGCUGAUCACUUAACUACACAGCAGGUAUAUAAUAUCAGAAAAGCUUUUACUAAAUUCGAUAGUAAUCGUAAAGGUAGUAUCACAGAAAAGGAAUUCGAAGGUGUUAUGCAAACCUUUGGUACUAAACUCACUGAAACCCAACUACUAUAUUUGUUCCGUGAGUAUGAUUUAGAUGGCAAUGGAGAGAUAAACUUCUCGGAAUUAUUGCAUUUAAUGUCAAAGUUGAUAAAAGGUGACAUUAAGGAUAAUAUUCCAGCAAGAAUGGCAGAUCGUCUUAAUCCAGAACAGAUUUCUGAGUAUAGAGAUAUUUUUAAGGUGUUCGAUAAAGAUGGUAACGGUUAUAUUACAGCUAAAGAGUUGAAAGAUGUUAUGGAAUCGCUUGGAGCAAAUGUUACCCAAACUCAAUUGCAAGAGUUAAUACAAGAAGUUGAUUUGGAUGGUAAUGGAACUAUUGACUUUAGCGAAUUUCUAAUUUUAAUGUCAAGGCAGAAAAAGGGAGCAGUUGGCUACAGGAUUAACGUUAAAUCGAAAAGAGCUGCAGUUGAUCGCUUUGUUGAAACUGCUUCUAAAAGAAUGAGAAUCAAACGUUUAACUCCAGAGCAGAUAGCAAAAUUCAAGGAAGCAUUUUCAUUAUUUGAUAAAGAUUCGGAUGGCAAUAUUACACAAAACGAGCUAGAAACAGUUAUGCGAUCUCUAGGUGCAAAACCUACGGCGAAACAAUUGAAAAGUAUGAUGGAUGAAGCUGACAUAGAUGAUGGUGGAACAAUUGACUUCACAGAGUUUUUGAUAUUAAUGUUACGUUUGAUGAAUGAACCUGAUGGAUACAAGGUUAUUCCAAAAGGAGCAAAAGCUGUUGUUAAUCGUUUGGCUAUGGGUGCCUCUGUACCAAAAAAGAAGACCCGUUUAACUCCAGAGCAGAUAGUAGAAAUUAGGGAAGCUUUUAUGGUGUUUGAUAAAGAGGGCACAGGUGGUAUUACAUCGUAUGACGUUGAAAAAGUUAUGCGAUCAUUCAAUAUGCAUCCAACUGCUGAACAAUUAAAAAGUAUGGUUCGCGAGGCUGAUAUAGACGGUAAUGGAAUAAUAGAUUUUACCGAAUUUUUAAUGUUGAUGUCACGAGAAAUAAAAGUAAUAGAUAGUAAAACUACUCCUGCGGAAGAUUUAUAUGGUCUAACAGCGGAACAAAUUGUUGAAUUCAGAAAACUUUUUAUGUUUAUCGAUGAAGAUAGCGAUGGAACUAUAUCACUUGAGCAGCUUGGUAAUGGUAUAGAUCUUCUCGGUAUGCAUAUAACUGAAGAACAAUUACAAGACAUGUUCUAUGAGGCUGAUGUUGAUGGCAGUGGAAAAAUUGAAUUCACGGAAUUUUUGCUUCUAAUGUCACCACUAGUGAACGAAACAGGUGAAUAUAAAUACAUUCCUAAAGCACAAUUGACUGAUCAUUUCGAUCCAGAACAAAUUGCUGAAUUCAAAGAAUCUUUUGCAUACUUUGAUAAAGAUUGUGAUGGUAACAUAACAGCCAAAGAACUAGGAAUACUAAUGCGAUACCUUGGUACGAAUACUACCGAGGCUGAAUUGAUUGAUAUUGUUCGUAGUGCUGAUGUAGAUGGUAGUGGUAAAAUAGACUUUAUCGAAUUUUUGAUUAUUCUUUCAAAUAAAAUGAAAGAAGAAUGUAACUGUAUAAGCAUUCCAAAAAUAAAUGUUGGUGAUCGUUUAUCUCCAUAUCAGAUUGCUGAAUUUAGGGAAGUUUUUACACGUUUCGAUAACGACAAUGAUGGUUAUAUUUCAGGAAAAGAACUAGGAAGCAUUAUGCAAGCUCUUGGCUUGUAUCCCACUGAGUCCCAGUUGCGUCAAAUAUCUCACGAUGCACAUAUACAGUGGAAAGGAAGAAUUGAUCUCACUUCUUACUUCACGUUAAUUUCCUACUAUAUGAAAGAUAUGGGUGGCUAUAAACGAGUAACUGAAAUUAAAUUUCCUAUCGCAAACUGUUCAGAUAAGGAAAUUCCUAUACCCAAAAAAAAAAUUCAACACUUCACUCCGGAAGAGAUUUCAAAAUUCAGAGAAACCUUUGUAAUGUUUGAUGUUGCCGGUAAUGGUGCUAUCACAGCUAAUGAAUUAGCAACUGGUAUGCGGCAUUUAGGUAUGAAUUUUAAGGACACUGAAGUACAGAUAAUGUUUAACGAAGUUGAUGUAGAUAGACGUGAAAUAAUAGGAUUUGAUCAGUUCGUAAAAUUGAUGUCAUUCCAGUUAAAAGAUACGGGGAGUUAUGAAAAAACUUAUGAAGCUUUUCGUGUUUUCGAUAAAAAUGGAACAGGUCGUAUAUCUAUGAAUGAACUGCGAUGCAUAAUGACAAGCUUGGGAGAAAAAUUAACAAAAGAAGAGGUAGAGGAAUUGAUACAAGAUGCUGAUAUAGAUGUGAAUGGUCAAAUAAAUUAUGCUGAGUUCAUUGCAUAUAUGAUUUCUAAGUAAAUUUUAAUUUAAACUGUUAUUCCAUAAUAUAAUACAGAAAGAAGAAAUACAUUAGAUAAAGAU